UCUGUUGAGUUGGUCGCAUUAGCCCCUGCAGGUACGGAGGCCAGGACUCUGAUCGCAUUUCACUGAGAAGGCAUAGCAAGGAGAAGUGAUGUUCCUGAGCGUGCAGGGAAGGGAGUUCAUGGCAAAACCAGAGCUACAACUUGCCGACCUUCCUUCAGUCACUCCGUCUGUCUUUGCUCCUUGUCCGCCAGAGGUCUGCAGGCUUCAGCACACACCCCGUAGGAAGUGUCCCUCUCAGAGCUGAGACUCCAUAGGCCAUGAUUUAGGAGGCGGCUUGAGUAAUGGAGAGGGCAUAGUGUUUGGUGGCAGAUUGGGGUUUAAUCUUUGACACUCACCAGUUAUAUCCCUUCCAUUUUUUGAACCUCAGUUUUGUUGUCUGUAAAAUAGGGGCAAUAAUCUUAUCUCAAAGGUGGUUUGUUUUUCAUGAAGACUGCAGAUAAUCAUCGUGAGAGAGUAAAGUGCUAUACAAACUAUAUGACUUGUUUUUUACCUUAGAACGUUGUAGAACUGUGAGCAUUUUGCAAGACCAUUGGUUACAUGGAUCAUGUUACCUAAUGUUCUUAUGUUCAUUCAGGCAUUGUUUUAGGAACUGGGGAUACAGCAAUCAACAAAACAAUGUUCUUGUAUUUGGGAAAUUUAUAUUCUGACAUGUAUAUUACACAUAAUAAUCAGGAAGGUACAGAUAAGUCAUGGUAAGGUAAAUAGAAAUUUGUGUGAAAGGUGGGGGAAGGAUGGUCGUAUUUUACUUUGGGUGGUUAGGGAACAACUUAAUGAGAAGGUGACAUUUGAACAGAGACCUGAAGGUGGUAAGGGAAUGAAUCAUAAAGAUAUCUGGAGGAAGAGACCCUGAGAUGAGUGUGUGGCUUAGUAUGUUCCAAGCACCUGCAGCAAGGAGGGCUGAGUGGCUGGAGGGUCAUGAGCAAAGGGGGGAGUAAGAAUGGGAAUUAAAACAAUUAGAGACUGGGAUCAAAUAAUUAGGACCCUGGUGGCUAUUAUAAUGAUCAUGAGUUUUACUCUGAGUAGUAUUGGAGGGUUCUGAGUGGCAUAAUCCGUCACUGUUUUAAAAGGAUCACCUUGACUACUCUUUUGAGAGAAAAAAAAAAAUACUGGGAGCAAGGUUGGAAGCAUGGCUACCAGCUAGGUAACUUUUGCAGUAAUCCAGAUGUAUUAAUUACCUACUUUUUUGUGCAAGUGAUUACCCCAAAAUUUAGUAGCUUGAAACAACAAUCAUUUAUUGUCUCAUAUGGUUGUGGGUUGGAAAUUCAGUAGUAGCUUAGCUGGAUGUUUCUGGCUUAGGAUCUCCCAGGAGAUUGCAGUCAAGCUGAUGGCUGCUCUGCUCCCAAUGUGGUUUCUUGCCACUGAGCCUCUUCAUAGGGCUGCCUGAGUAUCCUUAGGACAUGGGGGGAUGGGGGUACAGCGGUAGGGGGUGGAGCUGUAGUGCCUUUUAUGAUCUUGUUCUGGAAGUCAUUUCUACUUCAUUAACUUUAUUCAAGCUCACUCUUAAGGGGGAGAAAAUUAAGCCCUGAGUCUGGAUGAGAUUACCUAGGAAAUGAAGGUUAAUGGAGGACAGAUCUGAAGGCUGAGCUCCUGGGCCUCCAACUUUUAGAUGGUGGGGAGAUGAGGAGAGCCAGCAAAAGAGACUGAAGGGAGAGGCCAGAGGUGGGAGGAGAUCAGAGAGAGAAAGAGGCCCCAUGUAUGAGAUUGCUAUAAGGAGCUAGCUGCAUCUUAAUUUUUUUCUGCAGUAAGAAACAAAUUGUCUCUGCAAACAAAUAUAUGUAGUUUCUUUGCUCAGAAAAUAAAACACUUAUGCCCUCAAGUGUUUUUCCUUUUUUGUUUUAAGCAACAGAUUCUAUUUAAUAAUAGUAGUCCACAUCUUAGUCCUUGCAGCAUUUACACCUCUACUCCAAGUUCAGGUGGUGUUGCUUCUAUUUUAAGCUUUAUCUAAAUACUCCUUUUUGAGUAUUUUGAGUGAGGGAAGACUAAAUACAUAAUUUAUGUCACUCUUCUUUUGCUGUCCACCCCUAGGUUCAGGGUUCAGAGGUUACUGUCCUUCCCAGUCUGGUUCCCAGCAAAAGUAGGAAGUUGUUCAUUUCUGUACCACUGGUGGACAGACUGCCUGAUACUGAGCUGGAAUUCAUGAGUAUUUAUGGGAUAAAUUAAUGUAUAAAAGAAGUGAUUCUUUUUCCUUUUCCUACAGUAAUGAUAAUGUCUAUUCAGUGGUUUACAGUUUACAAAGCACAGUGACAUCCAUUCCCCAUUUGAAUGCAAUCCAGUCUGUCACCAUUUGCCAACUUCUGACCUUUUCCUUUUCUGAGGGGCAUUGAAACCUACCUUCUUUUGGAACUGUGCUAGUUUAUUUUCUGGCUGAUCUGACAGUGUGCUAAUAAAAGGGUGCUGAACUGCGUCUUGAAGCUCAGAACUAAAUCCCAAUUUCAGAAAGAUUUCUGAUGUAAAUUUUCUCUGCCCCCUCCCUCUUUUUAUUCUUAUCUUUUUUGGGAAUUUCAGUUUAAUGGGGAUUUUGUUGUUGUUUUAAUCAUAGAACAUUUCAAAUCAUUUUUAAAAUAAACUUAACUUUUUAGAACAAUUUUAGAUUUACAGAAAAUUUUCAUAGUACAGAGAGUUCCCAGUUUUCCCUGUUAGUGACAUCUUACAUUAGGAGGGUACAUUUGCUGCAAUUUCAGUCAUUUUCUCAGGUAAAGGGGGCAUAUAAAUAAAAUGUGAACAAAAUGAAGUUCGUCUCUGUUGGCCUCAGGCUCCUUAUUGUCAAAUUAGAGGGCUGGACUAAAUUUUUAAAUAGCUCUAAAAACAUUUAAUCAUCUGCUAAGGUGAAAUAAUUAAAUAAUCCCGUUUCUUUACUGAAGUAUCACUAUCACCUUCUCGAAUAAUGUUUACAUGCCAGUCUUAUCCUGAAAGAGUAUCUAAUAUGAGAAUUCUAGGAGCUGUGGCGUGGCUUCUUAAACACACAUUAGGUUGAACUGCAUGAAAUUAGCAUCCGUACAGCUUUAAAAAAUGGGCAAGUAUUGGCAAUUUCAUUAGGUUCAACCUAAUAUUUGGGAGGGGGGAGGAUUCAAAAGAAGGUAAGGGAGGCUUUGGAGCCUCUGAGACUCUCACUGUGUGCAAAAGCUUAGCGAACCGUCAGUAUUAGGAGAGAAAAGGCUCCUCUUGGAGCUACUCUUCUUGGUGGUGUUGGCAGUAAGAGCUGUGUCCCAGCAGGUUUGUGCCUCCAACCAGCAGAGAGAUUGAGCUAGCAUUUUACAGAGCCAUGGUGAGUUGGAUGACACUGCCGUGGAGGAAAGGAAGGGCAGACAAGGAAGAUGAAUGGCGUUUCAGGAAGGCUGUCUUAACCCAGUUUACAGGCUAGGAAGAGGCAGCCUGGGAUGUUGGUGCCACUCACCUGUUCUUACUAGAUGCACUUUCCUUACUGUCUAGCACAAGCUCUGCAGUUGCCCAGGAGGUAAUGUAAAUUAGUAAACUGAGUUUUCCUCUGUUGUAAGAAAAACACCAGCACAAGCUCAAUGAUAAACGACGACUGAAAUCUAUCAGUGUGAGGAAGAGAAUAGGCUGGGGUAGGGGGUGGAGACUGUGGUGAACUGGAGAGCAUAUAUUCUAUCUAAAGGGGACAGACACUGUUCAGCUGCAGGCAGCUACGCCUCAUGGGACUGUGGAUCAAGCAAGGGUCACUAGCUAUUCUGAUUUUCCAGAAAUAUGAAUUGUUAUAUGGAUUUUCCCAGUGGUAAAUGUUGGCACCUAAUUUGGAUUCUUAAAAAUUCUUUGUAUGGGCCACACAGUGGUUGAAAAGAGCCAUCGGGCCACAUCUGUAACCUCUGGCCAAGGGUUUAGAUCUGUCAGGAGUAAGGCCCACAUGCAUUUGUUGAUGACCUACUAAUGACUAAAAUGAGAGCUCUUGCCUUUGAGGCACUCACAGAUUAGUAGAGGAGAUAGACAAGAAGUGAAAAAAUGUAAUAUAGACAUUAUAUUUUCUCUACAUAUAUACAAAUAUUUUUAUUAAAUAAUAUAUAUUUGAUAUAUUACUAUAUGUGUAUGUAUGUAUAUAUGUGUAUAUGUAUAUAUCUCUACAUCUGGGAGUACAUGAUAGGAAGUGACAUUUGAGCCUGGACGCAGGAGAUUAUUGGAUGUGUUUAGAGGCCUAAGAAACACAGAGGUCAUGUAGCUGGGUACCCUCAUUUUUGGACAAAGAGUGAAGGGGAAGAGGAAUGCUCAAGGUCACAGAGCCCACUAGAGGCAGAGCUUGGACUGGCACCUGGAACUGUUCUUGACCACCAUGCCUCCCCCUCCCCAGGGUAUAUCUAAAGCUCACUGGGUAGGGUGGCCUCCUCUGCCUGCAGGUAGCCCAUUGCCCUGUUUUGGCCCAGCUCGUGGUGGGUGAGGAGGGUUUUACCAUCCUGCUGAAGCUGGUUCCUUCUUCCCACUCUGUUGGAUCUCCUACCUGAAAUGCCUGCCACUCCAUUUCUUUGUCAGAGAGUCAGACUGUUUGUGUUCAAACCCCUAAUCAACCAAAUGCCAACUGUGUGAACUAAGACAAAUUGCUUAAUUUUUCUAAGCCCCAGUUUCCUCAUCCAUAUAUAGAAUUAUAAUCAUACCUAUACAGAAGUGUGAUGGGAAGGCAUUGGAACAUUUUAAGAUUCUUAUGAUGACAAAAUGGCAUAGUGCUUGUAAAGAACCUAUGAUGUGACUGACCUUAGAAGCACUUAGCAAGUAUUAAAUGUGAUGAAGAUGAUCCACACAGUUCACAGUCCCCAGGUUGGUUAAUGCCUUUCCUUGGUGUUCCCGUACUAUCCUGCGGUUUCACUAUUAUUAUUGCACAUACUACAUUACACAGGUUCUCAAAAAGCAUCGUUUUGUUCAGCGUUGUUUGGUUAUAAUGUUGAGGUGAUGCUGUAGGAACUUAAUUCUUUAUAUCAAUUAGCCUAUGGUAAAAUUGGUUUUAUUAUACGUCAUUUUACUUAAUCAUAGAACCUACAAAUGGCAUUAAGUGAGAACUUGCUGUAUUGUAAUUGUAUCUUUCUCCCCUGAUAGACUAAUAGCACCUUCAGUGAUCCAUUCAACAGAUGUUUAUUAGGCACUGUGCCAGGCACUAGGGAUGCAAUGGUAAGCCAGGAGCUCUUGGUCUAGUACAGAGUUCCAAAAGACAUGCCAGAAAACACUAGUCCUGUAACUUGUUUCAUGGUCAAAUAAAUUUAGGAAACGAUGCUCAUCAAAGGCCUCCCUUAGAGAUUGGGGUCCAUCUUAGUAUUUUAAAGGCUCUGAGGGAACUUAUAGUACAGGUACAUACUUUGUCCAGCCCAGUUUUGUCAGACUUAAUGAGUAUUUGCUGAAUAAAUUUGAGUCUUGCAGACAGUCCUUUCAACUCCGCUUUGUGCUUUGGUCCCCAGCUCGAGAGGAGGUCCAAGUGGCACUGCAAUGAUUAGAGACCCUGCUGAGAGCCAACAGCCUCUGGCUGCAUAGGGGCCUUUGGGCUUACUGUCUGCUGCCUCCAUGGAGACAGGAGGCCCUGGGUUGAACAGUAUGAAGCCCCAGUCACUGCAGCUGGUGCUGGAGGAGCAGGUGCUGGCGCUACAGCAGCAGAUGGCAGAAAACCAGGCAGCCUCCUGGCGGAAGCUGAAGAGCUCCCAGGAGGCCCAGCAGAGGCAAGCAGUCCUUGUGAGGAAGCUGCAGGCCAAGGUAUUGCAGUACCGGAACUGGUGCCAAGAGCUGGAGAAGCGGCUGAAAGCCACUGGGGGACCAAUCCCUCAGAUGUGGGACAGUGUGGAGGAGCCAAACCUGGAACAGCUGCUAAUCCGAUUGGAGGAGGAGCAACAUAGGUGUGAGAGUCUGGCAGAGGUGAACACCCAGCUUCGGCUGCACAUGGAAAAAGCUGAUGUGGCCAAUAAAGCACUUCGGGAAGAUGUGGAAAAAUUGACGGUAGAUUGGAGCCGGGCCCGGGACGAGCUGAUGAGGAAGGAGAGCCAGUGGCGGAUGGAACAGGAGUUCUUCAAGGGCUACCUGAAAGGGGAGCAUGGUCGCCUUCUCAGUCUAUGGCGGGAUGUGGUGACCUUCCGACGCCACUUCCUGGAAAUGAAGUCAGCCACUGACAGAGACCUGACAGAGCUCAAGGCUGAACAUGUGAGGCUUUCAGGAUCCCUAUUGACCUGUUGUCUGCGCUUGACUGUGGGAAUUCAAUCUCAGGAAUCUGAUGGAUCUGGGAGACUAGAUCGGGGGGAGCCAACGCAGCUGCUGCUGCUACUAGCCAAGACCCAGGAGCUGGAGAAGGAAGCCCAUGAAAGGAGCCAGGAGUUAAUACAGCUGAAGAGCCAAGGGGAUCUGGAGAAGGCUGAGCUUCAGGAUCGGGUGACUGAGCUCUCUGCUCUUCUGACCCAGUCCCAGAAGCAAAAUGAAGAUUAUGAAAAUAUGCUGAAGGCUCUGAGAGAGACAGUGGAGAUCCUGGAGACAAAUCAUGCAGAAUUAAUGGAACAUGAGACAUCUCUUAGUAGGAAUGCCCAAGACGAGAAGCUGUCUUUACAGCAGGUGAUCAAGGAUAUAACCCAGGUCAUCGUGGAAGAAGGGGACAGUAUGUCCCAAGGCUCUGGUCAUGAGAGCACCUUGGAGCUGGACUGUGGUGACUUCUCCCAGUUUGAUUCCCAGAACCCAGAUAAGGCUCUUACUCUGGUGCGUUCAGUGCUGACUCGGAGACGGCAUGCUGUGCAGGACCUAAGGCAGCAGCUUUCAGGCUGUCAGGAAGCUGUGAGCUUCUUGCAGCAGCAGCAUGAUCAGUGGGAGGAAGAAGGUGAGGCCUUGAGACAGCGGUUACAGCAGCUCACUGGGGAGCGGGACACUCUGGCAGGGCAGACUGUGGACCUCCAGGGAGAAGUGGACUCACUUAGCAAGGAGCGAGAACUCCUGCAGAAGACCAGGGAAGAGCUGCAGCAGCAGCUGGAGGUGCUGGAGCAGGAGGCAUGGCGCCUGCGAAGGACAAACAUGGAACUGCAGCUGCAGGGGGACUCUGCUCAGGGCGAGAAGGAGGAGCAGCAGGAGGAGCUGCACCUAGCUGUCCGAGAGAGGCAGCGCCUUCAGGAGAUGCUGGCGUGCCUGGAAGCCAAACAGUCAGAAUCACUCAGUGAACUGAUCACUCUUCGGGAAGCCCUGGAGUCAAGUCGCCUGGAAGGGGAGUUGCUGAAGCAAGAGCAAACAGAAGUGACCGCUGCGCUGGCUAGGGCUGAACAGUCCAUUGUGGAGCUGUCGAGUUCUCAGAACAGCCUGAAGGCUGAGGUAGCUGAUCUUCGGGCUGCAGCUGCCAAGCUCAGUGCCUUAAAUGAGGCGUUGGCCUUAGAUAAAGUUGGGCUGAACCAGCAGCUUCUCCAGUUAGAACAGGAGAACCAGUCUGUGUGCAGCAGAAUGGAGGCUGCAGAGCAGGCAAGAAAUACUUUGCAAGUGGGCCUUGCAGAGACGGAGAGGAGCAAGGAAGCCCUGUGGGAAAAUAACACUCACCUGGAGGCCCAGCUGCAGAAAGCAGAGAAGAUGGAGGCUCAGCUGCAGGCAGAUCUCAGGGGGAUCCAAGAAGAGAAGGAAGACCUUCAAGAGAAACUAAGUGAGGCACAUCACCAGCAGGAGGCAGCCUCAGCUCAGCUGGAGCAACUAUAUCAGGAGGCAAAGCGACAGAAAGAAGUGCUGGCCCAGGAAGUUCAGGAGAAGGAGGCCCUUGUACGAGAGAAAGCAGCUCUAGAGGUGCGGCUGCAGGCUGUGGAGCGUGACCGGCAGGAUCUCUCUGAUCAACUACUGGGGCUCAGCUCAGCCAAGGAACUGCUGGAGGGCAGUCUGUUUGAGGCCCAACAACAAAAUUCUCUGAUAGAGGUCACCAAGGGGCAGCUGGAGGUCCAGAUUCAAACUGUCACUCAAGCCAAGGAAGUAAUCCAAGGGGAAGUAAAGUGCUUGAAGCUGGAACUGGACACUGAACGGAGCCGGGCAGAGCAGGAGCGGGAUACAGCAGCCAGACAGCUUGCCCAGGCUGAACGAGAUGGGCAGACUGCUCUGCAGCAGCUGAAGUCAGCCCAUGAAGAGGAGGUGAACCGGCUCCAGGAGAAAUGGGAGAAAGAGUGCUCCCAGCACCAGCAGGAACUGGAUAAGGCUCUGAAGAACCUAGAGAGGCAGAAAGUGGAGCUGGAAAUGAGGCUUAGGGAGCAGCAGGCAGAGACCGAGGCUCUCCGGACCCAGAAGGAAGAGGAGCGGGCCGAGGCCGAGAGCGCCCUAUGCCAGAUGCAGCUUGAAACAGAGAAGGAGAGGGUGUCUCUCCUGGAGACACUGCUGCAGACCCAGAAGGAACUGGCAGAUGCCAGCCAGCAACUGGAACGGCUGAGGCAGGACAUGAAGGCUCAGAAGUUAAAGGAACAGGAGACCAUUGGGAUGCUGCAGACCCAGCUCUGGGAGGCUCAGCGGGAGCUGGAUCAGGCAGCCCAGGAGCACAGAGAUGAUCUCACUGCCCUCCGAGAAGAGCGCAGCUUCCUGCUGCAAGAUAAGACAGACCUGCUGAAGCAGGUAGAGGACUUGAAGUCUCAGCUGGUUUCCAAGGAUGACUCUCGGAGGCUGGUGGAGCAGGAGGUUCAGGAGAAGCUGAGAGAGGCCCAGGAGUGUAGCCGAAUUCAGAAGGAAUUGGAGAGAGACAAAGCCAGCCUGACUCUGUCUCUGGUGGAAAAGGAACGGAGACUCCUUGUUUUAGAAGAAGCUGAUUCUGUUCGACAGCAGGAGCUGAGCUCCCUGCGCCAGGGCAUGCAGGAGGCCCAGGGAGGGCAGAAAGAGCUCAGUGCCCAGGUGGAAUUACUGAAGCAUGAGGUGAAGGAAAAAGAAGCUGAUUUUCUGGCCCAGGAAGCACAGCUGCUGGAGGAGCUGGAGGCAUCUCGAGUAACAGAGCAGCAACUGCGAGCUUCCUUGUGGGCCCAGGAAGCCAAGGCAGCCCAGCUACAGCUGCAACUGCGCAGCAUGGAGAGCCAGCUGGAGGCGCUGGCCACAGAGCAGCAGCCUGGGCACCAUGCCCAGGCUCAGCUAGCUAGCCUCUAUUCUGUCCUGCAGCAUGCCCUGGGGUCUGUUUGUGAGAGCAGGCCUGAGCUGAGUGGCGGGGGAGACUCUGCUCCCUCCCUCUGGGGCCCUGAGCCAGACCAGAAUGGAGCAAGGAUCCUUUUUAAGAGAGGGCCCCUCCUGUCGGCUCUCUCAGCUGAGACAGUGGCAUCUGCCCUCAACAAGCUCCACCAAGACCUGUGGAAGACUCAGCAGGCCCGGGAUGAUCUGAGGGAUAGGGCUCAGAAGCUGGAACAGCGUCUCACUGAUACAGAAGCUGAGAAGAGCCAGGUCCACAAAGAGUUGCAGGAUCUGCAGAGACAACUGUCCCAGAACCAGGAAGAGAAAUCCAAGUGGGAAGAAAAGCAAAAGUCCCUAGAGUCUGAGCUGAUGGAAUUGCGCGAAACUGUGGCAUCCUUACAGAGUUGCCUACGGCAAGCAGAGCUGCAAGGAAUGGAAGCCCAGAAUGAGCGAGAGUUACUUCAGGCAGCCAAGGAGAACCUGACAGCCCAGGUGCAACAUCUGGAAGCAUCUGUCGCAGAAGCCAGGGCUCAGGCAAGUGCUGCUGGGGUCCUGGAAGAAGACCUGCGAACUGUUCGCUCAGCCCUGAAACUGAAAAAUGAGGAGGUGGAGAGUGAGCGCGAGAGAGCCCAGACUCUGCAGGAGCAGGGCGAGCUAAAGAUGGCCCAAGGGAAGGCUUUGCAGGAGAAUCUGACUCUCCUGGCCCAGGCCCUAUCAGAAAGAGAAGGGGAAGUGGAAGCUUUGCAGGAAAAAAUCCAGGAACUGGAGAGGCAGCGGGAAAUGCAAAAGGCGGCUUUGGAAUUGCUGUCUCUAGACCUAAAGAAGAGGAACCAAGAGGUGGAUCUGCAGCAGGAACAGAUUCAUGAGCUAGAGAGGUGCAGGUCUGUUUUAGAGCAUCUGCCCAUGGCCGUCCAGGAGCGAGAGCAGAAGCUGACUGCGCAGAGGGAGCAGAUCAAAGAGCUUGAGAAGGAUCAAGAGACACAGAGGAAUGUCAUGGAGCAUCAGCGUCUAGAACUUGAGAGGAAGGACGAAGUGAUUGGGUCCCAGAAAGGACAGAUUCAGGAUCUGAAGAAGCAGCUGGUUACCCUGGAGUGCCUGGCCCUGGAACUGGAGGAAAACCAUCACAAAAUGGAGUGCCAACAAAAGGCAAUUGAGGAGCUGGAGGGCCAGAGGGAGAUGCAAAGGGUGGCUCUGACCCACCUUACGCUGGACCUAGAGGAAAGGAGCCAGGAGUUGCAGGUGCAAAGCAGCCAGGUCCACAAGCUGGAGAGCCAUAGCAGCCUCCUGGCCAGAGAGCUCCAGGAGAAGGACCAGGAGGUAAAGUCCCAGCGAGAACAGAUUGAGGAGCUGCAGAGGCAGAAAGAGCGUCUGACUCAGGACCUCCAGAGGAGGGACCAGGAGAUGAUGCUGCAGAAGGAGAGGAUUCAGGUCCUAGAAGAUCAGAGGACACUGCAGACCAAGAUCCUAGAGGAGGACCUGGAACAGAUCAAGCUUUCCUUGAGAGAGCGAGGCCGGGAACUGGCCUCUCAAAGGCAGCUGAUGCAGGAGCGGGGGGAGGAAGGGAAGGGCCAGAAUAAAGCACAGCGAGGGAGCCUCGAGCACAUGAAGCUGAUCCUGCGUGAUAAGGAGAAGGAGGUGGAAUGCCAGCAGGAGCGUAUCCGGGAACUCCAGGAACACAAGGGCCAGUUGGAGCAGCAGCUCCAGGGCCUACACAGGAAGGUAGGUGAGACCAGCCUACUCCUGACCCAGCGAGAGCAGGAGAUAGUGGUCCUGCAGCAGCACCUGCAGGAAGCCAGGGAACGGGGAGAGCUGAAAGAGCAGUCACUUCAGGGUCAGCUAGAAGAGGCCCAGAGAGCUCUGGCCCAGAGGGACCAGGAGCUCGAGGCCCUGCAGCAGCAACAGCAGCAGGCCCAGGGACAGGAGGAGAAUGUGAAGGAAAAGGCAAGUGCACUGCAGAGAGAUCUGGAGCAGGCCCAUGUGACACUAAAAGAGCUCCAGGGAGAGCUUGAGGACCACAAGGAACAUGUGCGAAGGCUCCAGGAAGAGCUGACAGUGGAGGGACAGCGGGCACAGGCCCUGGAGGAGGUGUUGGGUGAUCUAAGGGCUGAGUCUCAGGACAAGGAGAAGGCUCUGCUGGCCCUCCAGCAACAGUGUGCAGAGCGGGCCCAGGAGUAUGAGGCGGAGGCCAAGGCCCUGCAGGACAGCCUGCUGCAGGCAGAGGCAAUGCUCAAGGAACGGGACCGGGAGCUGGAGGCCCUGUGGGCAGAUAGCCAGUCCUCCCAGCAUCGGGAGGAGGCUGCCCGGGGCCAGGCUGAGGGUCUGCAGGAAGCCCUCAGCAAGGCUCAGGCUGCCCUGCAGGAGAAAGAGCAGCAUCUCCUUGGGCAGGCAGAACUGAGUCGCAACCUGGAGGCCAGCACUGCCACCUUGCAGGCUGCCCUGGACUCCUGCCAGGCACAAGCUCGGCAGCUGGAGGAGGUCCUAAGGAAGCGGGAAGGUGAGAUCCAGGACCGGGAUCUCCGACACCAGGCUGCCGUGCAGGAGCUCCAGCAGGCACUUGCGCAAAGGGAUGGAGAACUGAGACAUCAGAAGAAACAGAGGCAGCUGCUGGAGAAGUCUCUGGCCCAGAGGCUCCGAGAGGAUGUGAUCCAAGAGAAGCAGAAUCUGGGGCAGGAGAGAGAAGAGGAAGAGAUGAGGGGCCUCCGUGAGAGCCUAAGGGAGCUACAGCUGACUCUAGCCCAAAAGGAAGAGGAGAUCCUGGAGCUGAGAGAGCAAAGGAAGAAUCUGGAGACCUCAGUCCACAGCCACAAAGCCUCCCCAGUGGAGGAGCCCUCUGCAAAAUUUGAUUCUUUAGAACCCAGGCUGCAGCAGGAACUGGAGCGAUUACAGGCAGCCUUGAGGCAGACGGAGGCCAGGGAAAUCGAGUGGAGGGAGAAGGCCCAGGACUUGGCACUGUCCCUGGCCCAGAGCAAGGCCAGUGUCAGCAGUCUGCAGGAAGUAGCCAUGUUCCUCCAAGCCUCUGUCCUGGAGCGGGACUCAGAACAGCAGAGGCUGCAGGAUGAGUUGGAGUUCACCAGACAGGCUCUGGAGAAGGAGCAGCUGCACAGCCCUGGCCCUGCCAGCAGAGCAGAAUGGGGGCCCAGAGGAGAGGCAGGUGUACAGCUGGGGGAGGUCUCAGGAGUAAAGGCAGAGCCUAGUGCUGGGAUGGAGGAGAAGCAGCCAUGGGGACAAAGGCUUGAGCACCUACAACAAGCAGUGGCACAGCUGGAGGUUGACCGGAGCAGGCUGCAGCGCCACAACCUCCAGCUGCGGGCCACCUUGGAGCAGGUGGAGCGAGAGAGGAGGAAGCUAAAGAGGGAUUUCCUGCGCACAUCACGGACAGGGGUCCUGGAGAUCAGUGAAGCCACAGCGUCAUCACCCACUCUUCAGAAUGGAAGCGGACAGAAGGGCUCCUCAGAGGCCAAGCACAUGGUUGAACUACAGAAAGAGGUGGCCCUGCUGCGAGCACAGCUGGCCUUGGAGCGGAAGCAGAAGCAGGACUAUAUCGCUCGCUCGGUCCAGACUAGCCGUGAGCUAGCAGGCCUGCACCAUAGCCUCUCCCACUCUCUUCUUGCCGUAGCCCGGGCCCCUGAAGCCACUGUCCUGGAGGCUGAGACCCGCAAGCUGGAUGAAUCCCUAACUCAAAGUCUGACAUCCCCAGGGCCAGUCCUGCUAUGCCCCAGCCCCAGUGCUUCCCAAGCCACCUCCAGGUAGCAGCCUCAGCCAGGGCAGGAUAUAGGUCAGCCUGGGACCACACAGACAGAUGGCUGUAGAGUGGGUCAUGGCCUCUACACAGCUAUAAGUUUGCCAAUGGAAAGGUCUAGCUCUGUUAUCCAACCUGGGAGCCCCAGGUCAGCUCGCAUUCCCAGGAAGAGGGAAGGAAAUCUGCAAGGCUCAGGGGAAGGCCCCAACUGACAUGGGAAUGAGACAAAUUACCCUUGCCUGCUGGCUUUCAGAGUUCCCCAGAGGGGUGCCUUGCCCUGGCCAAGGGCAUUUACUGCCUCUCGUCUAGAAUUUAUUACCCCAGCCCCUCACCCUCUCCUUCCCCUUCCACUUCAACAAUAAACCCUAGAUGUUUACAUUUGUUCUCUGCUACCAUCUCCACUUAUGUAGCUGGGCCGCAGCAGCACCAAGGGAUCUAUUAAGGAAGAAUUUGUUACAGGGAGGGGAUGCAACUCAGAGCCCAGGACCUCUGGAGGAGCUUUGGGGCCCAUCUGGAAACAGGCCAUCUGGAAGCGAUGGUCAAACCAGGUAGACACCUGCUGGUGGAGGCAGGCUAUGCAGAUGUGGCUUUAAGCUGCCCCAGAGCGUCUAUAGCUCCGGGGCCAGCAGCAGAACCUCCAUAGGUGCCUGUGGAAGUGCGGAUACCUUACCCACAGAAGCAGCAAGGCAUCUUUCAGCCUAAGACUUUGCAUGCAGACCUCAUCUCAGCCUAUGGGACAGCUCCCUUGUCAGGCAGCUGAUAGGUUUAGCUUGGUCUUAGGACAGAUGAUGCUUCCAGCUCCCUCCUGCUCCAAUACCUCACCUCCUACUUUCAGAAUAACCACCUUCUCACUCCCAGAACCUAGCAAAGGAGUAGCUAGCUCUAAGCAAACCCAGGUUCUAAAGAACAGGGGGAAUAAUGGGCAGGGCAGGGAGGAGGCAGCCAGGGCUGUCAGUGUGCUCCAAGCAAAGGCACCCCUCUGACCCUGGGGCACAGCGGGGAGGGGCAGGCUCAGCUCUGCUCACCACGCUUAGGAAGUGGGCAAGGGAGGAGGAAGACAAGAACUUGCGGUCUCAGGGCCCUGGAUCCCUGGGGCCUUGGGAUUUAUUUACUCCCUCUGCCCUUCUGGGACCAGAGUUUGCCUAGACCCUAAAGGAAGUGAGGCUUCAGAGAAGAAACGACUGUGCUGACCUCACUCAAAUCAUUUGCAUCAGCAGCCUGUUACAGUGUAGACAUUAUGACCUCUUUUCUCUUAGUCCUUUGUUACCAAUGCCACCAGCUCUUUAUGCCUUCAUAGGGCCUGAAGCUCAACACCAGUGGGAGGGCUUGGAGGUAAGAAGUUGAAUGAGUGUGGGGUCAGCAGAAAGAGGCGUGCAAGUCUCUACUAAGGUUGGGUGGUGCCCCUCUGAGCCUGCGUGCUCUCCAUUCCCUGCACAUAGUUAUUUGUGUGAGGCAGGGAGGAGGGUGAGAUUUAGUAUUCAGAUUUGGUUCCUCUUUAAUUACCAGUAGUUAAGGGGAAGGAAUCAGAGAAGGCUUUUAUUCAGUGCCUGCACCUCCUAUCUUGUUUCUUGUCUUCAUCUCUCCUGUAUCUGAAUAUUCCAGCCUUAUCAGUCAGGUCCAAGAGUGUUGUCAGGCCAGGUCCAAGGCUUGUUGCUGGCCAAGAGUGGUCUGGCUUUCGAGCUGGCUGGUUUUCUCACCUUUUGCUAUUGCAUUAGGACUCAACAAGUCACGCCUUUGGAUGUGACUGUCUUCCCUGAGUAAGGGCCCACCUCUUCUGCUUGUCUGCCCAACCCCAAAUAGCCAAGCCUUGUGGAUGAGAUAGGAUGGGCUGGUUGCCGCCCCCUCCCCCUAAUCCAGCUUUUCAUUCAUUUGACGAAUACUCAUUAAACCUUUGUGUGACAAAGCUCCACAGUGGGCACCGAAAGGAGCAGUUCCUCUCCAGGGGAGACAGAACCUGGACAUAACCACUCAUAGAAUGACCUGGAUGCCCAGAAGAGACUGGCCACUCAGGAUGAGGUCAGGGAAAGUGUCACAGAACAUCUUGGAGAAAGAGGAGGCUUGAGGGCCCUUCCAAAGUGUUUGUUAAGCCAAUUGGAUACCCUAGGUGUAUGGAGUCCAGGGGUGCACCUAUAGGUCCUGGGAGCAAUGGCAGGUUCUUGGAAUUGUAAAGAGCAGGAACAUCAGCCACACGUGAGCAUCAGGGCAGCCCAAAACCUAAAGCCCACCAUAAAGGAACAAGGCCCAGGGCAAGUGGCAGGCUGACUGAAGCACCAACCACUGGGGAAAGUAGGAAGCUAUGGUCAUAGACCACCAGCAUCCCACUGCCCUGGCAGCCUUCAUCACUCUCAACUCUCCUCACUACUCCUCCCAACAUUUCACCUCUUGCCUCCACAGCUACCUGCUGAGCCAUACAGGGUGCUCUGCUAAGGAGGCUGAGAGGCGGGAGGGAAGGGGGUGACAUCUGGUUUGUCCUGUGACUUCCCUGGAGAAAGGGUUGAUGCCCAAUGGGGUCCUUCAUACCAGCCCACUUAUAUUAAAGACCCCACCACAAGUCACAUUUAGUUCUUGUAUAUAGGCUUUGUGGAUAAGACCACCUUCACCUUGGCAUUCAGUCCAGGGUCCAUCUGGUAAGGGAGGAACUGGAAGUCAGGUGUAAUGGAGACAGAAAUGAGACGGGCAGAAGAUGUACCAAAGCUGACGUGGUGGCUUUGAGAGGGGUGCCUCCUGUUCCCAGUGCAGGGCUGAGCAUGAAGCAGAGAGAGGAAAGGAAGAGCCUUUGGCCCCUCUUAAGAAUCUACACGAAAACUAAUGUGGUUAAAAGCAAACCACCAAGCUUUUUUGGUAGAUUUCCUUUUCACUUAUAUAAAAUGAAACAAUUGCAUGCACAUGGUUUAAAAAUUAAAUAGAAAAGGCGGCGACAAUUUCUUACCCCAUUCUUUUCCAACCUCUCUCCAGGGGCAACCAAUUUUUUAAAACUGUGUAACGGGCGACUUUGUUCCUCUAAAUAGUAGGUUUAGUAUCUGGAACAAGAUGGUGAUGGGUAGCUUCACUGACCACACCUUUGGAGAUUCUUGGAAUCUGUCUCUGAGCCAGAUACACAGUUCAUCUUAGUGCCCUCGGGAGGCAGUAAAUAUACUCUCGGGUUUACGAGGGAUAUUGCAUCUCUUUCGGUUGUGUGUGUAUUGGAUGUAGUAAAUAUUUGUUUUGGAUACCCAGCCACUGAACACUGGAUGCCCAGAAGAGACCCACUGGCCUCCUUAACUGAGGCUGUUUGGUUACCUUGAACUACUGUUUCUACCAAGAAGGUAGGAUAAAUGCAUCCCCCUCCAGCUGAUGUAAUAAGUCUCCUCCAAUAAAUUGUUUUUAUUUCUCUUUGA